AUGAAUUUUUUUCAAAAAUCAAAAUGUUGCGUUUGCGCAAAAGAUUUAUUAGCAUUGUAAGAAAUUAAAAUAUAAAUCUAGAAAAUUGAGAAAAAGCUAUAGAUGUAAGAUGUGCCACCAAGAUGUUUGUACUUAUUGUAGUGAAAGUCGAGUUAAAGUAUAAAAUAUAUAUUAAUUUAGUUAUAUGCUAAACCAAAUGAUUUUGUAAAAGAUUUCAAUUCUCCACAACGUGUCUGUGAUAAUUGUUUUCGAGAUUAUAGUUAUUAUCAAAAUAUAAUAACAGAAUUUAGUCUAAAAUGGAAUACUAGAUCAUCAUUUCAAUCAAAAUGGAUUGGGAAAUCAGAAAGAAAAAUAAAAAUGUAAAUAGCUAUAACAGAAAAUGACAAAGAAAUUAUAGAUAAAGAUGUAAUAACAGGAAGAUCAGAUGCAUGUUUGUUUAAUUAUAGUUUAAGAGAGUUUAUUAGUUAAUGUUAAGAAGGCUAUGAUUAAUCUUAUAUAAGAGAGUCAAUAAUAAAAGUCUUAUAAUUAUUUGUAACUCAUUAUCCAGUAAUUGGUUAUUGUUAAGGUAUGAAUUAAAUAGCAACAAUUCUGUUAUGUGUAUCAGAUGAAGAAGGAGCAUUUCAUAUUAUGAAUCAUAUUUUUAAAUCUAUAAUACCUCCAAGAUUUUACUCAAAUUCAUCUGGAGCAACAUUGAUAGGUUAUUAAGCUGAACUCUAUUUUUUGAAAUCAUAAUUAAAAAGCAUAAAUUUAGUAAAUUAUGAUUAAGUGUUAAAUUUUAUUGAUAUAUCAGGACCUUAAAUGUUAUUGACUCUCAUGUUGUAAGUUUUAAAUACAAGUUCAUUGUUUAUCACUUGGGGAGAGAUGUUUAAAAAGAACUCUUUUAUUCCAAUAGAUUAGGCAAUUAUUUAUUCUUUAGUUCAAACUGCUAAGAAUCUUGAUCUUACAAAAUAAGGGUUAAUUGAAGAAAUAGGAAAGAGUAAAUAUUGUUAUUUAUUCAAUCUAUAGUUAUUAAAUAUAGUGAUUUAUCUUAAUUAUUCAGUAAAGAGAGUGCCUAUUUUACAUCAUUUGAAAGACAAGUUUAAAUAGAACAAUAUUAUUCAUAAACAAGUAGAUCAUGGGUUAAUGAUGAGAAAUUAGUACUAUUUAGAUUAAAGAAAAUAACUAAUUUUGAUACCGAGGAGAUAUUAUAAAUUUAGAAUGAAUUUAAAAAAUAUUGUAUGGAAUCUAGAAGUGUAUCCAUAAGUCGAAAAGAACGAUAAAGUUUUAAAUAAUCAGCUCAAUUAACUGAUUCUUCUGAUGAUGAUGGUGCUUAUAUCUAAAAUUUAUAAAUAUAAUAGGUCAAAUUAUAAAAGUAUGGAAUUAACAAAGAAGCAUUUCUUGAUCUUAUGGUAUAUUAUUCUAAUUAUAUAGAUUAAAUUAGGAAUAAUUUCAUUUACAUUACACCAGGUAUUAAAUAUUAGAUAGAUAUAAAUAUGAAUUAGUUUUUAAUUUAUUUGAUGAAAAUAAAUCAGAAUUAUUGGAUUUUAGAGAAUUCUUGACUUGUUUAAGUGUUUUAUUAAGAGGAUCUUUUGAAUAAAAAUUGAAGAUGUUUUUCACAGCACAUACUGGAUCAAGUUUGAGAGCUGAUGAAUUUAAGACAUUAUUAUCUAUAAUCAUUCCUGAAGAUUUAUAAUAAUCAGAAGAAUAUUAAAUAUUUUUAAAUAGAAUACAUCAAUCUUAAUAUACAUAUUAAGAUAUGUUAAAGGUGUCUUAAGAUCCAUUUGUUUAAGAUAAUGAAUAUAAAAGAGAAAGAAGUUAAACUUCAGUAAUGAUUGCUCAAUCUUUAAAUAAGAUAACAAAUAGUUGA